AUGGUGUAUGCUGUAUGCAGAUGCAGUACGGCCUGCAACAACAGCGCCAUCGUGCCAUGCAAAAUUGAUGGUUUCGUUGGGUGUUGGGUGGUUGUGGGGAUUAAGUAGCUGCUUUAUGGGCGGCCAAGGAGCAGGACAUCCAUGGAGCACAGAACUGGACCUCUUACGGCCUGGCAGGAGCAAAUUUAA